AAAAGAGCGCACAUUGCCGGCCGGGGGCGCAGCGGGCCGGGCCCUCGUGCAGCUGGGGGAGCCCCGCAGGGUAGUCCGGGGGCCCAAGACCCAGGGCUGGCCCUGGAGUUGGACGGUGUCUUGUUUCUGUUUUUCUCCCAAGUGAAUUGAACUAACCUCUCUGGCUUUCGGGACCUCGGGAUUGCAGCUGGGGGUCUUGAUCUAGUGCAAUUGUAGCGGUGGUGGUAGAACCUAGUAGCAGUUGUAAGUACAGUCUUUUCUCCAGUCUCUCCCUGGGCUCUGCUCGCCUCCGCUCCUAAAGGCGGUCUCUUUUAGAGAAGCAUCCCUUGUCGCUCAUCUAGUCAUUGGUUCUAAAACGCGGCCCUCCCCUCUCGCACGCUGCCCUUACAGGAGCUGCGGGCGCAGAGCAGAGGUCGGUGGGGGUGGCGGCGUGUGGGAGAGGAGGCAGCACCCCCCUCAAGUCUCCCCCCACCUGCUAGCCCCAGGAACCUCUGAUUUGACUGUGAAAAUGACUAAAUGAAUCACCGUUUGUGCUAAGUUAACGAAGCAUGAGCCAGUAGUAGGCGGGCCUUUUCUCCCCCACGCCGAGAUGCGGCUGCUCCUGUUCGUGCCCCUCCUGCUGGCCCCGGCGCCCGGGUCCUCGGCUCCCAAGGUGAGGCGGCAGAGCGACACCUGGGGCCCCUGGGGCACCUGGAGCCCCUGCAGCCGGACCUGCGGAGUGGGCAUCAGCUUCCGGGAGCGCCCCUGCUUCUCCCAGAGGAGGGAUGGGGGCUCCAGCUGCGUGGGCCCCGCCCGGAGCCACCGCUCUUGCCACACGGAGAGCUGCCCCGCAGGCACCAGGGACUUCCGGGCCCAGCAGUGUUCCCAGUUCGAUGGCCAGGACUUCCAGGGAAGGCGGUACAAGUGGCUGCCCUACUAUGGAGCCCCGAACAAGUGUGAACUGAACUGCAUUCCCAAGGGGGAGAACUUCUACUUCAAGCACAGGGAGGCUGUCGUGGACGGGACGCCCUGUGAGCCUGGCACCCGGGACGUCUGUGUGGAUGGCAGCUGCCGGGUCGUCGGCUGUGACCACAGCCUUGACUCCUCAAAGGAGGAGGACAAGUGUCUGCAGUGUGGGGGUGACGGCACGACCUGCUACCCUGUCAUGGGCACCUUUGAUGCCAAUGACCUCAGCAGAGGCUACAACCAGAUCCUCAUAAUUCCCACGGGGGCCACCAGCAUCCGCGUGGAGGAGGCGGCGGCCAGCAGGAAUUUCCUGGCGGUGAAGAGCGUGCGCGGCGAAUACUACCUCAACGGGCACUGGACCAUCGGGGGCGCCUGGGCCCUGCCCGCGGCCAGCACCGUCCUGCACUACGAGCGCGGGGCCGAGGGGGACCUGGCGCCCGAGCGGCUCCUCGCUCGCGGCCCCACCAGCGAGGACCCUCCCGCACAGCUCCUCAGCCAGGAGCCCAACCCGGGUGUGCGCUACGAGUACCACCUGGCCCUGGGCAGCCCCCUGCCCGGCUUCCGCUGGGGCCACGGCUCGUGGAGUGACUGCAGCGCCGAGUGCGGUGGAGGUCACCAGUCCCGCCCGGUGUUCUGCACCACUGACGACGAGGUAUACCCCGACCACAUGUGCCAGCAUCAGUUGCGGCCGGCUGACCGCCGCUCCUGCAGCACUCACCCCUGCCCGCAGACCAAGCGCUGGAAGACGGGGCCCUGGUCGCCCUGCUCGGCCUCCUGUGGUGGUGGCUCCCAGUCCCGCUCUGUCUACUGCAUCUCGUCUGAUGGGGCUGGCGUCCAGGAGGCCGCCGAGGAGGCGGAGUGUGCAGGCCUGCCUGGGAAGCCCCCCACCACGCAGGCUUGCCACCUGCAGCGCUGUGCAGCCUGGAGGGCAGAGCCCUGGGGAGAGUGCUCUGUCAGCUGCGGCGCUGGCGUCCGGAGGCGGAGCGUCACUUGCCGGAGUGAGGAGGGGUCUCUGCUCCAUGCUACAGCGUGCUCCUCGGAGGACCGCCCCCCCGUCACUGAGCCCUGUGUGCGUGAAGACUGUCCCCCCAUCCAUGACCAGGCCUGGCAUGUGGGCGCCUGGGGCCUAUGUUCCAAGAGCUGCAGCGAGGGGACUCGGAGGCGCCAGGUCCUCUGUGCCCUCAGGCCGGCCAGCCGCUGCGGGAGCCUGCAGCUGUCCAAGCCCGAGGAGGUGGAGCCCUGUAACUCACAGCCCUGCCAUCUAUCUCCAGAAGUCCCCAGCAUGCAGGACGUGCACGUCAGCUCCAGGGAUCCCCGGAUGUCUUUGGGCCCUCAGGUGGCCCCCACCUCAGAUUCCAGAGACCAGUGGUGGCUCCCCCAGGAGCAACCCUCAGUCCAGGGUAACCCCAGAAGAGCCCAGGGCCUUCACCUGCCAGGCCUAGCCCCCUCUCUGCCACAGUCCCCACACCGGCAGCCCCUGCGGUCUGGCUUGGCACCCCAAGACUGCAGACAGAGCCCCUAUGGGUGCUGCCCUGAUGGCCACACCACGUCUCUGGGGCCGCAGCGGCAGGGCUGCCCUGGGACCUCAUGUCAGCAGAGCAGGUACGGGUGCUGCCCCGACGGGGUGUCUGUGGCUGAGGGGCCCUGGCACGCUGGCUGCGCAGGGUCUUACAGCAGUGACAACGUGGGGCGAAGGCCGGGGUCAAGAGCAGUGGUUUUCUCAGCCCCCACGGCCCACCGGCCCCAGGCUCAGCAGAACGAGCCCCCUGAGUGCCGGGGCUCCCAGUUCGGCUGCUGCUAUGACGGGGUGGCCACUGCGGCCGGCCCUCUGGGGGAAGGCUGCGGGGGCCAGCCCAGCUACGCCUACCCUGUGCGGUGCCUGCUGCCCAGCGCCCACGGCUCCUGCGCGGACUGGGCCGCCCGCUGGUACUUCGUCCCCUCUGUGGGCCAGUGUAACCGCUUCUGGUACGGCGGGUGCCACGGCAACGGCAAUAACUUUGCCUCUGAGGAGGAGUGCAUGAGCAGCUGCCGGGGGCCGCACGCUGGGCCCCGCUGGCCGGAGCCGGGGGCCUCUGGCCCGAGCACCCGCGCAGACGGUGGCGGCAGCCAUCCUGGAGGCCAGCUGGAGGCCAGCUGGCCCAGGACGGGGGCCAUAGUCCCGACGAAGCUCUUGCCUUCCGGUGGCCUCGGGUGGCGAGACCAAGAACCUGGGGCGUUUGGAGAACGGCCCUGGGGCGGGGAGCUCGGGCCCCCAACCCCUGGCCUGGGCGGAGAUGCGGGGCGACCAGUGCCGCCCUCCCACAGCUCCCCCUACAGGGUCAGCUUGGCAGGCCCAGAGCCGUCCCUGGUGCACGCCCCCCAGGGGCAGUUGGUGCAGCUCCUCUGCCAAGAUGACAUGCCCCUGGAGCCCCACGCCAGGUGGCAGAAAGACGGGCAGCCCAUCUCCUCCGACAGGCACAAGCCGCAGCCUGAUGGCUCCCUGGUCAUCAGUCCCCUGCAGGCAGAGGAUGCUGGCAUCUACAGCUGUGGCAGCGGCCGGCCAGGCCGUGACUCUCAGAAGAUCCAGCUUCGUGUCACAGGGGCUGAUGUGGCCGUGCUACCUGAGGCUGAGCCAAGGCACUUCCCUCAGACCAGGGACCCAGCCCAGGGCCACAGCCCUCGGGACUCCAGCCUAGUGGGGGACAGAGGAGGCCUAGGGGCCGUCUCCUCCUUGCAACCUCGGCCCACGACCAGGCUGCUUCUGGACAGGAACCAGCCUGGGGUGGUGGACGCCCGACCAGGCCAGCAGAUCCAGUUGACCUGCCGUGCUGAGGGCUUCCCACCCCCAGCCAUUGAGUGGCAGAGAGAUGGGCAGUCCCUCUCUUCCCCCAGACACCAGCUGCAGCCCGAUGGCUCUCUGGUCAUCAGCCAUGUGGUUGCGCAAGAUGGUGGCUUCUAUGCCUGUGUUGCUUUCAACGGGCAGGACCGAGACCAGAGAUGGGUCCAGCUCAGAGUUCUGGGGGAGCUGACCAUCACAGAGCUGCCCUCUACUAUGAUGGUGCCAGAGGGGGACACGGCCAGGCUGCUGUGUGUGGUGACAGGAGAAAGUGUAAACAUCAGAUGGUCCAGGAACGGGCUGCCGGUGCGGGCCGACGGGCAUCGCGUCCACCAGUCCCCAGAUGGCACGCUGCUGAUCCACAACCUGCAGGCCAGAGACGAGGGCUCCUACACGUGCAGUGCCUACCGUGGAAGCCAGGCAGUGAGCCGCAGCACCGAGGUGAAGCUGGUCCCGCCAGCACUGCCCGCCCAGCCCAGGGCCCUGAGCAGGGAGUGUGUGGAUCAGCCUGAGCUGGCCAACUGUGGUCUGAUCCUGCAGGCCCAGCUCUGUGGCAAUGAGUAUUACUCCAGCUUCUGCUGUGCUAGCUGUUCCCGCGUCCAGCCUCACGCUCAGCCUGUCCGGCGGCAAGGAUGAAGGCCAGCCGCGGCCCCAGUCCUGAAACAACUCCUGGUCCGUGGCCUCUGGCUGCCAAAGGGCUCUACCCUUCAGAGAAUGGGCCUCUCAGCCCGCCGUGCCCCGCCGUGCCUCGGCAGCCGCUGGCACCACAGCUCGCUGGCACGAGGAGUCGGCUUGGAUAAGGACACCCUUUACGGCUUCCCUCUAUCAUUUGUCAUACAGGAUCAAUUCACUGGGUUCUAAAGCAAGCUACCAGGGUUCUCAAUUCAUUUAAAGCUGGGUGGGGAGGUGUGUAAUGGUUUUAGAGUUAACAUGUAUCUCACACGGGGCACACUCAUUCCUGCCGUGUCAGGCCAUUUUUCCCUGCUAGAACUCCCAUCUCCUCUAGGGUCAAACAGUGGUUCACUGCUCUAGUCAACCUCACCCUUCCAGGCAGUGUGGCAAUCAGCUUCAACUGCCACCUGUACGUCCAGUUAAUGGCAUGUUUGUGAAAGCUCUUGCCAAAGUGGAAUAUGGCACGUAAGGUUCAGUACACGAUGUGGGACGAAGGAGCAGCAGGUGAUGAUGGGAGCAUGCCAGAAGUGGGGGCGCUCCUUACUUUCCUCAGGAAGCUAGUGCCCGAAGCCCUCCUCCUAAGGCCAACAUGCAGAGCCUGGUUGUGAGGAUCACCUCACCCCUGCAGCAAGCUGACCUGCUAUGUACAGUGACGAGCUGGGAGCCUCUCCUCCCCAAGCAGGAAUCUGUGAGGCAGAGCCAGACUAUUAAAAACAGGCAUCAGCAGGAUAGGGGAACAAAGGAGGGGAAGGCAAUACAUUAACAACGAAGUAGUUUCAGAAAUGGUUUGAGUAGGAAGAAGUCCUUCUCCAUCUCUCAGAACCUCCAGUUCCUCGGUGCUAAACAAGAGGCCUGGAUUCAAUGAGCUUCCAGGUCCCUUUCCACUUUAACCUACACAUCCUCAGAGGACUGGCUGGAUCUAAGUGACAGGUUAUUCUGGGACAUAAGAAAGACAGGCAUUACAGGGAAAGCUUUUACUACCAACACACUGGUUGGAAAAGAGACAAACUGCAUCAUGGCUGAGUGAUACUUCUUGGUCUCUCUCUCAUUCAACAAAGGAAACAUGGGUUAGGGGCACAGGUAUUUUUUUCUUUCCACUUAAAAAAAUACAGAGGCGGAUCCCCUUUCAUUUACCAUGGCUUGGUUUGCUAUACAAAUUGGAAACUAAGGGCUACUUUCUUGGACUCCCCAGUUCUUGCCAAUUGGCAACAUCAUUCAGAAGGUAAGUUUGAGGUUAGCUAGCUCUUCUCAGAACUAGUCACAGAGUAGUGGGCUAAGGUUACAGGAAAGAGUAACACUCAAGCUAGACCAGUGGUUCUCAACCCUCUUCCAUAUUGGGAACUUGAAAAACAAAAACAAAAACAACCUGGGGUCCUCCCCCAACCACUUUGACUUAAUUGGCCUGGAGUAUGGGCCAGUGUGAGGAUUUUAAAAGUUCCCCAGGUGAUUCUAGUAUGUAUCCAAGGCUGAGACUCACCGCUCCAGCAGGACCCUUCAGAAGGUGAACCUUGGUUCCAGUGUAUUUUCUGAUGACUAGGCUGGGGGUGGGGAGGGUGGUGCUGAGAUUCUGUACCUCUACUCAGCUCCUAGGUGCAGUCCAUGCUCCUGUUCCAGACCACACUUUGAGCAGCAAGAAUCUGACAUCAGAGAUAUACUUAGGGUCAACCAAAGCCUAGAGUAGAAACACAAAAGUGAAUUUUAAGCAUAUACUAGUCCUGGUGGGCAAAACAGACGAAGGGGAUUAAUCCAGAGGUACAAUCUUCCAGUUAUAAGUCACAGAGAUGAAAAGUCUAACACAGGGAAUAUAGUCAAUAAUAUUGUAAUAGCAUGAAUGGUGACAAAUGGUGACCACACUUAUUGUGAUGAGCACUGCGUAAUGUAUAGAAUUGUUGGAUCAAUAUGUUGUACACCUGAAACGGUAACACUGUAUGCCAAUUAUACUUCAAUAAUAAAGAAUAUACUAGUCCCAAUAAAAGAUUUUCUAGCCACCAAA